UGUGGAGGUGGAGGCGGAGGGCGGCUGUCCGUGUUGCUGCUGCUGCUGCUGAUGAUGAUGAUGGGAGGACUGAUGCUCUCCGGCUCCGUGCACAGCCGCUACUGCGCAUGUUGCAUGACAGGUACCACGCAAGCCUCCAUCUUGGGCAUCCCGAGCUGAGGCGAAAGGGCAGCAGCAGCCAUAUACACACUGAAAAUAACAACAAAGCGGGCGCGGUGAGAGACAAAAAAAAAAAAAAAAGAAAAAUUGGCAAUUUGCCGAGAUGUAACUUUUCACCAAAUUGAUUCAACAGAGGAGAGAGCGGAGAGCAGCAUGGGAAAGAAAGACAGCGGCUGGUCUGGAAGGCUCUGUUAACGAUUACUACACUGUGUCAGCUUCACUGCCUCCAGUUUCCUGAGGAAUUGACAGGUGACAAAGCCAAACGGCUCAACCCACAGCAGAAUGGGCAUUAAGAAGCUCGCCAUCUUUCUCCUGGUCCUCUCUCUUUGUCUAGAUGGAGCAUCUGCCAAAGAAAAAGGGACGAAGAAGGGAAAGAAGAAAGGAAAGCAGGUUUACUGUCCAUCACAGCUGUCAUCUGAGGAUCUGGCCCGAGUCCCUGCAAAUUCAACCAGUAACAUCUUGAACAGGUUACUGAUCACCUAUGAUCCCAGAAUAAGACCCAACUUCAAAGGGAUUCCUGUGGAAGACCGAGUGAACAUUUUCAUCAACAGUUUUGGCUCCAUCCAAGAAACGACCAUGGAUUACAGAGUCAACAUCUUCCUGCGGCAGCGCUGGAACGACCCCAGGCUGAAGCUACCGCAAGACUUCAAGUCGGAUUCUCUCACCGUUGAUCCAAAGAUGUUCAAAUGUCUCUGGAAACCUGACCUGUUUUUCGCCAACGAGAAGAGCGCCAACUUUCAUGACGUCACCCAGGAGAACAUUCUGCUCUUCAUUUUCCGUAACGGGGACGUCCUCAUCAGUAUGAGGUUGUCCGUCACCCUCUCUUGUCCGCUGGACCUGACGUUGUUCCCCAUGGACACACAGAGGUGUAAGAUGCAACUUGAAAGCUUUGGCUACACCACAGAUGACCUGCAGUUUAUGUGGCAGACAGGAGACCCAGUGCAGAUGGACGCCAUCGCUCUGCCACAGUUUGAUAUCAGACAAGAGGAUAUUGAUUAUGGGAACUGCACCAAAUUCUAUUCAGGAACAGGGUACUACACUUGUGUGGAGGUUAUCUUCACCCUAAGGCGACAGGUUGGCUUCUACAUGAUGGGUGUUUACGCCCCCACGCUGCUCAUCGUAGUCCUUUCCUGGCUGUCCUUCUGGAUCAACCCUGAUGCGAGUGCCGCUAGGGUGCCUUUGGGCAUUCUCUCGGUGCUCUCUCUGUCCUCCGAGUGCACUUCCCUGGCUUCCGAGCUGCCCAAAGUGUCCUACGUCAAGGCCAUCGACAUCUGGCUCAUCGCUUGCCUGCUGUUUGGUUUCGCCUCGCUGGUGGAGUAUGCCGUGGUUCAAGUGAUGCUCAACAGCCCGAAGCGCAUCGAGGCCGAGAAGGCCAAGAUAGCAUCUAAGGAGAAAGCUGCGGGGAAGAGCCCCGCCGCCAAGAACAACACGGUCAAUGGGACCGGAGGGACGCCGCUUCAUGUCAGCACCUUACACGUGGCGGAGACGCGCUGCAAGAAGGUGUGCACCUCUAAGUCAGACCUGCGGACCAACGAUUUCAGCAUCGUGGGCUCGCUCCCACGAGACUUUGAGCUGUCAAACUUUGACUGCUAUGGGAAGCCCAUUGAUAUCGGCAGCGCUCACGGCAAAUCACAGGCCAAAAACAACAAGAAACCUCCUCCCCCGAAACCAGUCAUCCCCUCUGCUGCCAAAAGAGUCGACUUGUAUGCCCGAGCCCUCUUCCCUUUCUCCUUCCUCUUCUUCAAUGUGGUUUACUGGUCCGUAUACUUGUGAUUAUUUCGAAAUGGUCUCGUAUCGUCAACCUCCCCCACUUCACCCCAAUGAGUUCUUAAUUGACUACAUUCAAAAAGUUCAAUUCCAAAGUCAGUGAGUGCGUUUACAUGCACACUAGUAUCCUGGUUUUGAGUCUUAUCCUGUUUUCAGAUGCAGGAUGUGACGUUUAAGCCGAACAUGAAAAACCUGGUUAUUCAUAUCCCUGUAUACAUGAUCAUAACAGUAUCCAGGGUCCUGUGUCCUGAUUUCUCAUCAUCUCACCCACUAUUUUUCUGUACUAACAAAGAUUCAGAAUCAAGAUCAGGUGUUUACGUGCCAAAGUAUCCUGGUUUCUAUUGCAGUUCUCCAGCUAGCAGAUCCAGGUUUCUGAAACCAGGUACGAUGUUUACAACCCGAACAUAACUAGGAUGCUUAUGAAUGUGCAUGUAAGCGCACUCAUGGAGAAAGGUGAUUCUUACCCUUACAAAAUAAUUGCUGAGAAAAUAAAAACUUCUAUGUAUUAUUACAUUUAUAUUUACAUACCAAAAUAGACUAUCAUCAUUUGUGUAUUAAACAAUGAUUAUAACUUAAACUUUCUUUACCUAAAAUUGAUAUAUAGCAUCUUGUACUGAAAAACCUAAUUUAUUGAUAAUGGUACUGGAGAGGGUAAUACAGGAUUGAUAACUGCUGUGAAAUCCACAAAAAUUAAUUGCGUAACAACCGAGCAGAAGGUGCACAGAUAUAUUAAAGAGCAUUUGUAAAUAGAUAUUUAAUUUUUCGCUCUGCCCGCAAGUUUAAUGAGUUAAUAAUUAAUAAGGCAUUUUAUUUCAGCUUCAAGGCAAAGUGUAACAUUGUAAUUACAUUGCAUGUUAAAAAAAUUGCAUGUAUAUGAAGAUAAAAUCUAAAUAUAGAGAUAUAUACAAAGUAUUUAUCAUUGAAUUUAAUUAUUCUUAUGAUUUGCUCUUGAGAAGAUAAGUGGAUAUGUGAAACACUCCUGUUCCUGUCAGAUGGUAACGUGACACUGCCACCUUUCCAACUAAUGUAAUGUUUGACAUCACCCACCUGUAGCGUGUGUAAAUGGGUCACACGUGAGCCGUGACCAUGUAUUUGUGAAAUUUACAAGCAAAGAUUAAAUAAAAGAUCAAAUCACUUUUCACCACUUGAGUGUGAUUAAAGACGAA